AUGGAGGACCUGGGCCGAUCGUGCCUGUGGCUGAGCCAGGAACUGGAGGCCCUGAAGCCUCUGCUGCUGCUUCUGGAUUGCCGCACUCGGGAGCUGUACGAGUCCGCACACAUCACUGGGGCGCUGAAUGUGGCCCUGCCCGCGCUCCUGAUGCGCCGCGUGCGCAAGGGAAGCCUGUCGGUGCGCUCGCUGCUGCCCGGGCCUCCGUUCCAGACACUGCCGCCCGCCCAGGUGAUCCUGUAUGGUCAGGGCAGGAAGCAGCGACGGGAUGGGCAGACCGAGGCCGAGUGGGAGGCCGAGGCUGCCAAGGAGCGGGAAGCGGAGUCAGUGGUGAGCACUCUGCUGCAGAAGCUUCGGGAGGAAGGCUGUAUGGCCUACUACCUGCAAGGUGGCUUCAGUCAGUUCCAGACCAUGUACCCUCACCUGUGUGAAGCCAGAAUGCAGAAUGAGGGCGGUGCCCAGGCAGCACAGGCGUCUCCUCCUGCGCCUGUGGUGGGGCUGGGCACCCUGUUCUUGAGCUCUGAGACUCCCAACACCAACUCGGAGCAGGAGCGCCAACCAGCGAACGACUGCCAGCAGUCGAGGGGCACCACACCUCCACCCAGGGGCCUUUUGCCGCCCUUUCCUGUCCAGAUUGUGCCCAACCUGUACUUGGGCACUGCCCAGGAUUCCGCCAACCUGGAGAAUUUGGCCACCCUGGGCAUCCGUUACAUUCUCAAUGUCACCCCCAACCACCCCAACCUCUUCGAGAAGAACGGAGUGUUCCACUACAAGCAGAUCCCCAUCUCGGACCACUGGAGCCAGAACUUGUCUCAGUUCUUCCCAGAGGCCAUCACAUUCAUCGAGGAAGGCUUGGCCCGCAACUGUGGCGUGCUCGUCCACUGCCUGGCCGGUGUCAGCCGCUCCGUCACUGUCAUCGUGGCCUACCUCAUGCAGAAGCAGCACCUCUGUCUCAAUGAUGCCUAUGACCUCGUCAAGACAAAGAAGGCCAACAUCUCCCCCAACUUCAACUUUAUGGGGCAGCUGCUGGACUUCGAGCGGAGACUUAGGAAGGAGAGGAGUCUCUCAAGAGCAGGCGACAGUGGAGGACAGGAGUCCACCCCCUCCGAUAACGCACCCUCCUUCUUCACUAGCCCCCCCCAGCAGCCAUGUCUUUGA